AUGAGUCCUUUGGUAGAGGACUUGAUUCUCUAUCCAACGAUAAAUUCUUUAUUCAUAAUGCCGAAAGGUUAUGAGUUUUCUCAAGAAGUAAAACAAUUAAUGUUUCAUAUUAUUAAUUUUGUUGAAAGCGAGAAAAAUGAUCCAGUCAUUCCUCUCUACAAUGUGAACGAUCGUCUUGUUAAAAUGUUAGAUAUUUCUAAAAGAUCUGUCAAAUCCGUCAAAUUAAAGCAUGAAUUACACCAGUUGAGACAGAAAGAAAUGAAUGAACAACACCAACAGCAAGAAAUGAAAGAGAAAAAUGAAGUAGAUGCAAAUGUUAGAGAGCUUCGUAGUCGCACCAUCUCAUUACCAAUGUCCAGACAUCGCGAAUCUUCAGCAUCUACUCCGCCAACAAAAAUUCUUUGUCGUCGACACACUGUCUCUGCUGCUUCUUCAUCAAGUCACAUCGAUCUUCCUAUUCCACAGGCACUACCUCCUCAGAAGAAAAAACAAGGAAAAGAUUUAAUUAGAUUUGAAUUUCAUAAAUUAAUUCAAGAAAAAGUAUAUCCAACCUCUGAAAAAUUAUUAAAAAGAUUGAUAGAGCGAUAUGAAGAUUUUCCUAUUCGUUCCGCAACUACGUUACGCAAAAAAAUGAGAAAUCUUGGCUUCUUUUAUCAACGAACAUCAAAAAUAAAAAUUCCGUUAGAUUCACAAGCUUUUGUAGUAGCAAGAGCAAAAUAUUUUCAAGCUCUUGAAGAAUUAAGAGAAACAAACGUUCAUUUGUAUUAUCACGAUGAAACGUGGUUGAACCUUCGAGAGGAUUCGGUAUCUGCACUUAUAAGCGUUAAAGGUUAUCACAUUCCAUCAGUUGAUAUUUGGUCGUGUACUGAAGAGCAUAAUAUGGAUUCAACGCAUUUUCUUUCGUGGAAUUUACGAGAAAUGUAUGCUAAGAAGAUGGUUUGGAAUGAUACAAAACGUUCAACAAUUCAACCUCAUGUCUAA